AUGAAAAACAGAAGGAAAAAAAAAGAAAAAAGAAAAAGAACAGAAAACGCCCACAAAAAGUCAUCACGCGCUCUCCCCUUUUCUGUUUUCUGUUUUUUUUUUUUUCUUUUAAAGUGGGAUUGGGAGGGCACAUUUUCUUUCAAUUUCUUUUCUUUUCUUUUUUCUUUUUUUUUUUCUUUCCCCCCUCCCCCCCCCUCAGUUGCAGACAUUUCUCUCUUGCGUCGUAUUCAGCGCGCGUCAUUUCCUUUUGCCACGGCACGAAAGACAACUUCACAAACGGCACUGUUAGCAUCACAGAAGGAAAUGACGACAACAGAAACACCGGCGCCGACAAAAGCUCCUGUGGCAGGAUCCGCAACAGGGGACUACUACUUUGAUUCCUACAGUCAUUAUGGUAUUCAUAUGGAGAUGUUGAAGGAUUAUCACCGCACGACUUCCUACCGUGAUGCCAUUUGGCGCAAUGCAUAUCUCUUUAAGGGAAAGGUGGUGCUGGAUGUUGGAUGCGGCACGGGUAUUCUCUCCAUGUUUGCUGCAAAGGCAGGCGCCAGGAAAGUAAUUGGUGUUGACUGCAGCAGCGUGACAGUACAGGCGCGGCAGAUUGUAAAGGAUAAUGGAUUUGAAGGUGUUAUCACCAUUAUUCAAGGAAAGAUGGAGGAUUUACAGCUUGACGAGAAGGUUGAUAUCAUCAUUAGUGAGUGGAUGGGGUACUUUUUGUUGUACGAGUCAAUGUUAAACACGGUUCUUUACGCACGUGAUCGAUGGGGCACACCCGAUGUGAAACUCUUUCCGGACCGUGCGAACAUGUACGCUUGCGGCAUUAGCGACCAGCAGUACAAAGAAGAGCGGUUUGACGUCUGGGACGAUGUACAGGGCUUUGACUUUUCCUACUUUAAGCGGCUGAGCUACAUUGAACCGCUCAUAGACACAGUGGACCGCAAUCAAAUCCUAACCAACAUGUCUAAUCUUUUCUCAUUUAAUAUUAAUACCGUGCAGGAGGCGGAACUUGCGUUUACAAGUGAGUUUGAACUUAUCGCAGAACGAUCAGGGUGUGUGGAUGCGAUCAGCGUGCACUUUGACACCCCAUUCGCUGCCGGCCAUGAGGUGAUUGUGCUCACGACGACGCCGCUGGAGGCCCCGACACACUGGCGACAGACGGUGCUGUAUCUUUUUAACCCACUACACAUGAAUAAAGGUGAAAAGGCAAAGUUUCGUAUGAGCUGCUGCCCGAAUAAAGGCAACCCGCGCGAUCUUGACAUUGCGCUGCACGUUGAUUUUGACGGAAAGCUGCAGUCAAGUCACUACGAUCAAGACUUCCGACUGCGGUGA